AUGGACCUUUAAGAUCAAUUUGUAAAUUAUAAUUAUAAAUAUAGUAAGCAAUGAUUUAAUUACCAAUUCGGCCUUUAAAAAUAUACCUAUUUUUAAAUCUAUUAUAAUCUCUUUCAGAACAUUCUAAAUAAUAUUUAUCAUUUCUUCAAUCCCUUCAUUAUUUUCAGGUAUCAAGAAUCUCCUUCAAAAUUACAUUUUGCAUCCUCAAUUUACAUCUUGUGCGUUACUGUUCAAAAAAAAAAGUAUUUAAAUAUUAAAUUAUUACAUCAUUUAAUCGUUCCAAUAUUUAACCUUUAGUUACCUCACUAAAACAAAUAAAACAGAAUAUCCAAAAAUAUUGCUUUAACUAUGAGGUAAAAAUUUCGAUAAUUUUAUAUUUUAGAUUAUUUUCAUCUGA